GAGGGGCAAGCUCGGCUCAAGCUCGGCUCAUGCUCCGCUCAAAGAUCCCCCUGAAGGCGAGACGGGAUGAGUAUGAAGAACGCUGUCAGUUGAGAGCGAACUCGGCUCAAAAUUGGUGAAAUCUUUAGGAGCGAAACAAAAAGGGUUCUUCUUUCUUUUUUCAGGGAAGAUAUUCAUAAGAAUGAGCUCAUCCUGAUUUGUCCCGAGGAGCAUCGGAGAGUGAAACAGUGACAAGAGGAUAAUGAUUUGGCAUCAAAGCGAAAAUGAGCUGCAUCCGGGUUGACAUGUGACCCUGUUCAAAAUAAAAGGCUUAUUCGGGCUGCACGACCAGAAAAUAGUGACAAAUCUGUUCCGGAAGUGAUUCUUGGUAACCAUGAAGAAGCUUAUGAGUGUGGAUGGUGGCGGAGAUCAUAGCCCGGCCAAAGAGUCGACCUCAAGAGUGGAAAACAUGCAUGUGAACUCAUCGGUGGAUAACAACCGUGACGGACUGCCACCCUCGGGUCGAAAAUCGAGCCCGAAGAAUCAAAAGAAAUCCUCCUCGUCCAAGACGAGUCAAACUCAGAGCAAUUCAGUGGCCAAACUUGAAUUCAAGUGUGUGCAAAGUGAGACCACCAGUUAUGACAAAGUGACCAAUAAACAAAAGCAUCAUGACUUUCAAGGUUGGUUUCGAUUAGGACUGACGUGUUUGUGCAUUGUAUCUGCACUGUUCAGCAUCGUAUUGGCUCACAGACAAUUACGCUUGGAGAGUGAACUGGACAAUCUCAAAAAGCAACUCACAUCCCUGGAUAUUGACAAGUGGAAACUUGAGCUAUUAAGUCAAUUGUCAGAGGCAGUGCCCAUAGGUGCACAAAGAAUCAAAAGAUCUGCAGAUGGAUGCUCGUGUACAGGAUUGCCCGGACCCCCAGGUCCACCCGGCACAGAUGGAUACCCAGGGUUUCCUGGAUCCAUUGGCAAAAACGGUCCAAGGGGGCCUCGUGGUUAUCCUGGGCCGAAGGGAGAUGCGGGCAACACUUUGCCACAAUUCAUCCAAUCACGAUCAAGGCGAAGAUCCUCACUCACCAAGCUCUCUGGCGGAUAUGGUUAUGCGGAGGUGAUUGCCUUGAAAGGGGAGCCGGGACAACCGGGGCCCCCAGGACCCCAAGGACCUCUGGGUCUGCCCGGAUUUGAUGGAGCUCCUGGAGCCCUCGGGCCCAUGGGACCGCCUGGUCAGCCUGGUCCACCCGGUCUCCAUGGUUUGGAUGGACGACCUGGGCUCAAAGGGGAUAAAGGAGACGGAUUGGACAUGUCUAUGCAAUCGGAUUCAUCCAAAAUAUUCACCUUUGAUGCUAACAAACCUGUUCCGGGCCCACCCGGACCUCCGGGAGAACCUGGGCCUAAAGGAGAAAUCGGGUCGGUUUCAUUGUUCGAUCCAAAGAGCAACGCCCAUAUAGUCCAAGGACCGCCUGGACCAAAAGGGCCUAAAGGACCCAGAGGCAAGCGAGGGAAAAGAGGAAGGUCGGGUCGAGCCGCAAAUAUGGGUAAACCUGGACCUCAUGGUCCCAAGGGAGAGCCCGGGCAAGGAGGUCCAAUGGGUGUGAAAGGAGAAAAAGGAAGUCAAGGCCAUUUGGGAAAGAAUGGAGUCCCAGGCCCCAGAGGCCCACUUGGACCCAAAGGCGAUAAUGGAGAGAUGGGAGCCCAGGGCCCUCCAGGGCUUCCUGGGCAAAUUGGUGGAAAGGGUGAAAAGGGCGAGUACGGGGAAAUGGGAUCGCCAGGUCUCAUGGGUCCACCCGGCUUGCCUGGUCCUCCCGGAUAUCCUGGGCUCAAAGGUGACAAGGGUGACAAGGGAGAAUCCAAGUUAUCCAAGAAAAAACGAAGAAGACAAGGUAUCUACGGCCCAAUGGACGAUAGUGAAUACUCUACAGCACCAGGCCCACCCGGUCCACCGGGACCUGCCGGACAUGACGGCCCUCCCGGUCAAAAAGGGGAUCGUGGAAAUGAUGGCAUCAAAGGUGAAGUGGGGGACAAAGGAGAGAGAGGCGAAUUCGGACCCAUGGGUCUACCAGGCCCAGUCGGGGAAACAGGACCUCCUGGUAACAAUGGACCCCCCGGGUUACCAGGUCAAAUUGGACCCCAUGGACCCUUCGGACAGAAGGGUGAGCGAGGCGGUAUCGGACCGAUGGGUCUUAACGGUCACAAGGGCCAAAAAGGAGAUGAAGGCAAUCGAGGAAAACGAGGCCGGGUUGGUCCACCCGGCACCCCAGGGAAGGAUGGCCUGCCAGGAAUGGACGCUCCUUGUCCAUUGGGCCCAGACGGCCUUCCAUUACCUGGUUGUGGCUGGACCAAGAGGAAAGCGGCUCACGAAGACGACUUUAAAUUCAACUUGAACUGAUCAAAUGGAUCAGACUUCUGUAAACUUGGUGCCAUCCGUUGUACUUCCUCGUCCCCGUUUUCUACUCUAGUCUGCCUUGGGUGGCCGGCCCUUCAAUUCCUGUCUCACAGUUGAAGCUAGAUUUACAUUUCGGCCGUGAUGUUCGAGCAAUGAGCGCCCAACAUGAAAUGAUGACCCAAGGAAUGAAUGAAUGAAUGGAGGGACGAUAAUCAUGUGGCUCGCACCUCUGCGUUAGGGGAGCCGUCAGUCUUACGCCACAUCGAAAUCGAGUCCAUAAACCAUUCUGUGCAGCAAAUUAGCACUUUUGAAAUGUUUCUGUGUCGCUUUAGUCUGCCUACUAGUUGUUCAAAUAUUGAUCCUCUUUGCUCCAAGCACAAGAUCUUCAACGACCACGAGUGGUUUCGUACCUCCAAUUGGACAAUUUCCACGUCAUGCUCUUCCUCGAUAUGAGUGAAUCGUGGGCUUCCCGAACCAUUAUCAAGUGCGUGCAUAUACACAUACCACAACUCAUCAAUCAAUGUUAUCUUCUACCACGAUUUAGAACAUGACAAUUGUGCCAAAUUGUAACAAGCCUUUUAGCACUUCGUCCCAGGAUCUGAUCCUGUUGGAUGGCUGGGACAAGGUUAAUUGUCAACAUUCUUGACUGUUCUUUACUUACAGAAAUAUAUUUACAGUCUGUCUA